CGUCACCUCUCUAUUCUGCCGGACCAAGGCCUUCGCAUCUCCACCCACCCCUUUCGUAAGUCCACAUGAUCUUUCGCUGUACUGCAAAUAGGGUGUCAAGGGCAAAUCGGGAAAGACGAUUAUCUAAUGGAGGAAGAAAAUGAUAAAAUAUAUCAGCCAUCGAUUCAUAUUUUUGAAAAUCUAACGGUUGAAAAAUUUCUUCUGACGGUGCGAAAGGAGUUUGGCUUGUGCACCGUAGACACCGUCAUACAAUCCCUAAGCCCCUUCUUCUUCCCGCGCCUUUCUUCUUCCCAUCACUCUCGCUUCUUCGCCGUUUUUUUUUCUGUUAGAAGAAAAUGGUUACAGAGCACGGCAUCAAAUUCGGCGUCCACCUGAUCACCAAGCACUUCGGCAAGAUCGUUGCUAAAGUAUGCGAAAAGCUAUUUAGCCAUGGACCCCUCACUUUGGAUCAGUUGGUUCGCUACACUGACUUUACUAAGGACCAAGUCAGAAACUCCCUACUUGUCCUAGUUCAACACAAUUGUGCCCAAGCAUUUGUUUCUGCUCCUCAAGAUGAUGAUGAUGAUGCAGACAGACUGAGAGUUAGAACUCAGUACUUGGUGUUGUUUGAUAACAUAAUCCAUCGGCUGAGGUUUCCCAAAUUCUUGGACAUUGUGUCACGGAAGCUUGAUGAAGAAUGUGUGAAGCUGCUUGUCGGAUUGCUUCGUGAUGGUAGGCUUACCCUCAAACAAAUGGUUGACAGAGAAAGCCAAGGAAAAGAAAAUGCUGUGCCUACAAAAGUUGUACGAGAGACACUCUGUAAACUUUUGACGGCUCGAUUUGUUGAACGUUGCCCUGCCCCUGAGCCAGUUGUUUCUACCUCAUUUAAGGAAACUACUACUAAGAAGCGGGGUGCUAAGUCUGCCAAGAUAUUUGAAGCACCAGAGACAUUAGAACAACGCGUUGUAGAUGCAGCAGUGCCUGGGGAUGUAAUCAGAUUUUCACUCACUGCAAAUAUGGGAUCUAAUGUUGACAGAGAAACAAAUUCAGACGAUGUUCCAAUGAUUAGUGUUGAAGAAGAUGUUGCAAAAGAGGAGCAAAUUCUUUGGCGUGCAAAUUUUGAGGAGUUUAUACGUCAUCUUAGGCAUAAGGUAUUGAUUGAGAAUGUAAGAACUCAGCAUGAUGAUGGAACUGCUACUGUCUUAAGUGCAGUAUUGGAGGCAACAGGAAGUGUAGAGAAAAAAGUGAAAAUGGAUAAUUCAGUUCCCUUGUCACUGGAUACAAUUAUCACAGAGGUGAUGAAGACUGAUACAGGGCGAACAAUGACCAUAGAUCGUAUUAGAGCUUCCCUUGUCCAGUUGGGUUGUUCACCGAGCAUGAUUUUAGAGGAAUCAUAUAGUAUUGAUUUGAAGAAAAUUAUUGAACCGGCUCGAAAUGAAGAGGUUGAGUCAAUUGUGUUGAAAAGGUAUGGAAGGGAUGCCUACAGAAUGUUCAGGCUACUGGCAAAGGAUUGUUGUUUUCACGACACAGAUCAGAUAGCAGCAUCUACUCUGGUUGAGAAAAAAGAAGCUUCAAAGCUGCUAUACAAGCUAUGGAAGGACAACUACUUGUAUAUGGAGAAAGUAGGUGCAACGGCGGGAGCCAAGCAAAUAACUAUUUUGAUGUGGAAAGUGAAUAAGCCUCUGCUUUGGGAAUAUGUACUGGACGAGAUGUACCAUGCUGCCUUAAAUUUGAGCCUAAGAAUGGCUUUUGAGCAGGAAAAGGAUGAAGAGCUUUUAAAGGUUCCUAAAGACAAGCUUAGGGAGCCAGGGCCACUGCAGAAGAAAUACAAACGGCUACUAAAUGUCCGGUUACUCAUGGGAUCAUCAUUGCUGAAACUCGAUGAUGCUCUGAUGCUUUUCCAUGACUUUUGAAUAUAAAUUUUGGGACAUUUGUUAUUUUUUUCAUUAAAGGAAUGACCUAUUUAUAUUUUAAUAAUCGAAAAAGGUAUUACGAAUGUCAUGCCAGUGUUCAUUAUUUUUUCAAAUACAAGGAAUUCGAUCUAAUUGGCAUGCAACUUUGAACUGAGCAUAAUGUAAUUUGAAGUGGUAUUUUAAAUGUUGAAAGGUUCUUUAUAUUCGAUGUAUC